AUGACUAAGCGGAGCGGUCCGAGUGCGUCGGCGUCAAAAAAAAUUCCUCCGGCUCCAGCAACCACGACUCCAGCAAUUCUUAUCGCCAACUCACAAGACAAAACCGCCAAAAUGCAUCUUAUGUACACUCUCGGUCCCGAUGGCAAGCGUGUCUACACCUUGAAGAAGGUCGUUGACGGCAAGGUCUCCAAGUCCGCUCACCCCGCCCGUUUCUCUCCCGAUGACAAGUACUCUCGUCACCGUGUUACCCUGAAGAAGCGCUACGGACUCCUGCUCACCCAGCAGACCGACGAUGCUCCUGCUGUUUAA